CUUCCCUUUCUCAUUAUAUGAAUAGAGAUUUGUUGUCGUAGAUGUUACAUUGCCAAUACACUCCUGAGAAUCUCGCCGGAAAAGUUAUGGACCUCGCUAUGCUGGAAAGGCAACGAUCCCAACUGAAAUGGCAGCAGCAGCAGCAGCAACAAUCUCAAUUCCCUCUGCAACAACCUCAACAGAGCUAUUUAAAUGAAACCCAAUUCAGUGAUUUCUCCCAGCAACCUCAUCCGACGAUGCAGCAGUUUCAGGACUUGAUUGACAAUGAUCCAGCUCUUCGAGAACUGGUGAACCGGACGAUGAAGGCCGACCCUUGUUCAGAAAAUGGUUGGCCGGAAUUGGGGAAAUACCCAAUACCCAGAACAGGGUUCGUGUCUCACUCUCCUCCUACUGAGAUGGGUUACUCCAUUUCCAGAACUGCGAGCUGUCCACCGUCCGUGGCAGAGGAGAAAGGGAGAGAAUCUGUGUUAACGGCUUCGACAAUUGGAAGAGAGAGCUUCAAGAAGAGGAAAUUGGAUAAGGCACACAACCCAAAGGUUGUUGCAGAGGAAGCAAAAGAAAAGAGGGCUAAAGGAGAUGAAGAGGUGGAAUCUAAGAUCACAGAGCAAAACAAUACUUCUACCACCACCACCACUGCUGCUGCUAACAAUAACAACCGUGAAACUUCUGCUGAUACUUCAAAAGAGAAUUCAAAAGCAUCUGAGGUUCAAAAACCAGAUUACAUUCAUGUCCGAGCACGUCGUGGCCAAGCCACAGAUAGCCACAGUUUAGCAGAAAGAGUGAGAAGGGAAAAGAUCAGUGAGAGAAUGAAGUAUUUGCAAGAUUUAGUCCCUGGAUGCAACAAGAUCACAGGAAAGGCUGGAAUGCUUGACGAAAUCAUCAACUAUGUUCAAUCUCUCCAGAGACAAGUAGAGUUCUUGUCCAUGAAACUUGCUGUUGUGAAUCCAAGGCUUGAUUUUAACAUGGACAACUUAUUCACUAAAGAGCAGGUGUUUCCUGCUUGCACUACUAGUUUUCCUGUGGGGAUGUCUUCAGAACUUGCAAAUCCAGGUUACCUUCAAUUUAAUAAUCCAGUGCAGCAAGUGGUAUCAUGUUGUGGGUUGGAUAUGGCAAUAAAUCCUCCGGAAAUGACAAUUCGAAGAACUGCUAGCGCUCCUGUGUCCACAGCACUGGAAUCCUUUUUAGAUUCAUCUUGCUUCAAUCAGGUUCAACCCUCUUCAACUUCUACUUGGGAGACCGAUUUACAAGGCCUCUAUAAUGUGGAAUAUCAAGGGAGAUCAACUCUUUUCCCAUCCCAACCAUUCCCAGGCACCUUGGAAGCUGCUAACAUUCUAAAGAUGGAGAUGUGAUCUAUGGAUGAUCAUGGUAGAUAUUUAAGGUGGGGGAGCAGAUAACAU